AUGGGGUUCUUCGAUAAACUACAAGCAAAGAUCGAGCUUUACCGACUUGAGCAGCGGUAUGCUCGGCGCAAGCACCGCAGCACAUUCUCGGGGGUCCAGUACGUCGACGGUGAAUACGUGUACACCAACGGGUCGAACUCUUCGUCAGGAACCGUUUCCAAACACUCGACGGGCAGCCACUGGAAGUCUUCCACUUGGGGCUCUUCCGGAGGAGAAUCGCGAUGGCGGUAA